AUGGCCGCGGGCUGCGGCAGGAGCGUGCCCCCGCGCAGCGCCGAGCACGGCCCGCGGGCCGCGCAGCCCCACGGCAGGAGGAGGGAUGGCGGCGCCGAGCCGUACUGGUCCAGGCCGGAGACCCGCGCGUGGACGGCGAUGCUGCUGCUGGGGACCUGCCUGCUGUACUGCGCCCGCGUGGCCGUGCCCGUCUGCGCCGUCGCCCUGAGCAGCCGCUUCGCCUGGGACAAGAAGCAAUCUGGCGUAGUGCUGAGCAGCUUCUUCUGGGGUUACUGCCUGACGCAGGUGAUCGGAGGACACAUCGGUGACCGAAUAGGGGGUGAAAAAGUCCUCCUCCUCUCGGCGUCGGCCUGGGGCUUCCUCACGCUCAUCACGCCGCUGCUCGCCCACGCCAGCUCGGCCCCCCUGGGCUUCAUGACCUCCUCCAGGUUCCUCAUGGGGCUGCUGCAAGGGGUGUAUUUCCCUGCCCUGGCCAGCCUCCUUUCCCAGAAGGUGCGGGAGAGCGAGCGCGCCUUCACGUACAGCACGGUGGGCACCGGCUCGCAGUUCGGCACGCUUGUGAUCGGUGGGGCAGGAUCUCUCCUCCUGGACUGGUACGGCUGGGAAAGCGUUUUCUACUUCUCUGGCUUGCUCACUUUGCUCUGGGUUUACUGCACGUGCAAGUACCUCCUGAACGAGAAAGAACUCGUCGUCCCCUUGGGCUGUUUAACGAGAGGCCUCCCCGUGUCCAAGCAGAGCAAGGUUCCCUGGAGGCAGCUGUUUCGAAAGGCGCCGAUCUGGGCCGUCAUCAUAGCUCAGCUUUCUACGGCCAGCACGUUUUUCACUCUCCUCUCCUGGCUGCCAACUUUCUUCAAGGAAACUUUUCCCGAGUCGAAGGGUUGGGUCUUCAAUGUAGUCCCGUGGCUGGUUGCAAUUCCAACGAGUUUAUUCAGUGGAUUUCUGUCUGAUCAUUUAAUCAACCAGGGAUAUAAAACCAUCACCAUUCGUAAGUUCAUGCAGGUCAUCGGCUCAGGUGUAUCGAGCAUUUUUGCUUUGUGCCUGGGUCAGACAUCCAGUUUUUGCAAAGCUAUCGUGUUUGCCUCAGCCUCUGUUGGACUUCAGACCUUUAACCACAGUGGUAUUUCAGUAAAUGUACAAGAUUUGGCCCCCUCAUGUGCUGGCUUGCUGUUUGGCAUUGGAAAUACCGGUGGAGCCCUGCUCGGUGUCAUUUGCGUGUACUCGGCCGGCUAUCUGAUCGAAACUACUGGCUCUUGGAUUUCCGUUUUCAACCUGGUGGCUGCUGUUAACAGCAUCGGCCUCUGUGCGUUCCUGAUCUUCGGUGAGGCCCAGAGGGUGGACACGGACUCUGCAUACAUAGACCUGUAGAGAUGAGCUCAGCAAGCCGUCGGAGGAUAGCAGAGUGUCGUGCCGAUGGGUCAUUGUCGCACAAGUGCCAAAGAACAUAUUUUCUUUUUGCAGAAGUUUAACGGGGGGAAGAAAAAGACCCUAUAUUUAAUGGGUCUAAAUGAAACCCACAGGAGAAAAGAAAUCUAGCUUUCACUUUUUGCUCAGGGGAUGGCUGAUGGCCUAGAGAGCCAACCAGCUCGACAUAGCCGGUGAGAAUUUGGCCCAUGUGGCUGGUUUGCCCCAGUCCAUUUCUAGUGGGCAAAUAUCCACAUGGCCAAAAUAGCUUAUUCUGCUCAAUGCUGAGUGGUGCUGCAAUCUGCACCCUUGCCGAGGACCACCGACUGCUCCUUGAGGGAGAGCUGCUUUUCCUGCCAGGAGCUGGUUCCUCUGUGCUCUGCUGUCCUGUGAGCACACAGAGGAUUGCCAGCUCUUGUGCUGCCAGUCAACACAUUUCGUCCGGACUCAAUGCAAGGAAUAAUCCAAAAGAGUGUACCCCUGCCCUAAACGGUCCCUCGUGUGCCUUCCCUUUGCAGUAUGUUUGACAGGUACAAUCCAGGUGUAGAAGAGGAUGGGUUGUGUGAUGAAUUCAAGGCUUCCCUUCAGGGGAAGCGAGGAUUUCUGGUUGGAUGUCUACUGCAGACCCUGGAUGUGAGGUUGCGUCUAUAUUGCCUUCACCAUGCUUGAGCCGAGACUAGAGUUUGCAGGCUGAACUGUUGGAUCCAGUUGAGUCCAUCCUUGCUCACGGGUUGAACCCGAGGGCUCCUUCCUCUUUGCUACCGGCUGCAGAGCAGACCCAAUCUAAGGUAGGCAACCUCAAACCUGAGAGCAGAGGACCACGCAGGGGCUGGACUCGCUCACCCAAUGGUUAAGUUUGCCAUUAUAUAUACCUGGCAGUGUAGACAUAGCCAAGGAAUCCGCCGGGAGUUGUUUUGCCAUAUGCUGUGAAUAUAUAUGAAGAACAGGUCAUGCUCUGUACUUUGGAUCUCUAAUCCCCAGUGCUUUCUACUUUAUUGUGUCCUCCCUGUGCCUUCAACAGGGCACAGGAGAUGUUCCAAAGAGCCUGCAACAGGCACUUUUUCUUCCUGUAAAGGUAAUUUCUGCCUUGUGGAUCUGUAGUACCAGAUGUGGAUCUGUGCUGUUCCCCGUAUCAGAGGGAAAUAUUUGGCUGUAUAUGCCUCUGAGCCUGAAUGUCUUUAAGUUAUUUAUAAAUAUUUUAAAAUUUAAAGUACCAAAUUCUAUAGUCUAUUUUAUGUACUUGAGGCCUGAUUCUGCAUGCUUAGUUUGUGUGGGACUCCCAGUGAAACCCACAGCAUUUCUGGGAGGGAAGGUUUUGCCAGCCUGCACUUUUUGGUUCUGUGGGCUCUAUCUUAGAUGUGACAUUUCAUAUUAAAGAAAUUCACUACUUUUCCUCCCCGCCUGCCCUUGCUUGCAGCUGGAAAGACCCUCUUUGGUUCUGUAGUGCUUACCUCAAUGCUUCUGCUGGGGCUGGGGCCAGCUUCCCCAAGGCCCCCUGCUCUGGUUUUGGGGUGCAGACGUGUCUGCAGGUCUGUUACGAGUGCAGCCGAUGGAAAUCGGGGCUGAGCGUUGCAGCUCCGGUGCAGAGGAGAGGCACAGCCGGCACCGCGGCUCACCGCUGUGCUCGCCCUGCAGGGAGGCUGCAGACCCACGCUCGUUGUCCACACCAAAACCCUUUCCU